ACAACCUCUUUUGAGCUUUAAAACAUUGUUCCUGGUAACAAGGUUUCAGUGCUGCCCGAUGCUCCAGAAGUUGCAUCGAUUCCAGAAAACCAGGAAAAUGUUGUGCCAUCUGUAGACUUCAGAGGUGAACCAGGUUUCUCUCCAGAAAUUCAGACUCCACUUCACAGAGCCAAGAGUUUGAGUACAAGACACUUGACUGGUUACUCGCCGCAGCAGUUUCUGGAUGAAAGGUGUCGAGCUCGUCAAGUACUAAGCUUUACACCCCCAGCAGCAAAUUUACCCUGGCAGCAUAUGGGUGAAAACGCUGGAGGAGAAAGUCAUCGCUCUGUAAUUGGCCCUUGGACUCCCCUGGCAUCUCGUGUACAGCAUGAAGUUUUCAGCUAUGAAGAUUUCCAGAGAUUCCAGAAUGAAAAACAAGCCGUGAUGGAGGAGAACCAAGCCCUUAGGGAGGAGAACCAAGCUCUGAGGGAAAGCACUGCACGAGCAGCUUCGGAUGACAGCGGCUCACUUCAAGAGCAGGUGAAGCAAGUUGGGACAAUGUUGAAGACGUUUGCUCGCACUGGGCAAUCAGGUGCAGAUCAGACCUUAAUGCUGCAACGUCUUGGAGAGUUUGGCGAUGUUGUGCGUAGCAUGGACAACAAAAUGGACACUAUGCUGCAACAUUUCAGUGCCAAUGUGUCUGUUGGAGAGUUAUCCCUGCCAGGGGAUCUGUUACUCCCCCUAGACACCCAGGAAGAUUUGGCGUUGCUUGACAACAGUUUGAGGCAGGAUAAAGAGCUCCAGGAACGAUUUCUUCGGUUUUUGGCAAUCAAAUGUGGGAGGGACCUAAAGACAACCGUCUGGCGGAUGCUUCAAAGUAUCUUCUCUAAUCACCUUUCCAUCAAUACAACCUGGACUGGAGUUGGGGAUAAAGCAUGUUUUAGAGACAUGUUCCUGAAGACCAUUGUUCAAAGAGCCAUCCGGAAGAACCCGGCAACACAGGAUGCCACUGAUGAAGCCAUCCAGGUUAACGUUACGCGUUACCUGAAAGGAGCAUCUGACCGUGAAGGCGGAAAAAGGCGCCGCACAGCUGAGAGGGACCCACAGCCGACCCCUUAAACCUAGGCUGACUACUGACAUCCCAGCAUCACUGACAACUGGAACCCUUUCUUUAUCCUGCAGUCAGUAACAUCAAGACCCCUAAAGAAGCCAGAAGUGUCAGACUGCACUCCCCAAUCCACACUGUUCACUGUGGAUAUUAUCAUAGUGCUUAACUUAUUAUAUUGUUAAAUAUAGCUUGUAAAUCCUUGUGCCACAGGUCAGCAUUGCAGUUAUAUCUGUUCUACUACUUUUUUUACCUCAGUAUUUUUUAUAUAUAUUUGAAGAUGUUUAUCACAGAUACAAGAGACAUCUUGUACCCCAGGUCAGCAAUGCCAUUAUAAUGGUCUAUUCUACUCCAGAGCUUUAUUCUAAAUUAUUACCACUUAUCUUAUUGUUAGAAAUGGCUUGUAAAUGUGAUGUUAUACC